AACCAACGGUUUCUUCAGAAAGAAAACAAAGGAUAAAGUUCAUUGUGAAAUUUAAAGAAUUAAGAUGUUUUCGAACCAACGGAACGUACUCAAUCUUAACGCUCACGUAAUUCCGCCGGAGAACACGAUACAGUUCCCUGUAUUAACAACGCCCGAGUCAUUCGGUGGCUACAGUCUGUCGCCGCUGGGUUUCCUGGAAAACCAUAUGCGGGGAAUGCGUUACAUUGUGGUGCCAUCAGCCCAAAAUUUUCCUCUUAACCUGCGCGACAGUGAUCACAUCAAGACGGCAAAGCUAUCGGAAAGGCACCUGGACAACUUGCUGGAAUUUAUAGUGCAGUCCUCGCCGCAGUCAAACUUCCUAAGGGCCAGCAAUAUGCGGAUGCACGUGAAUGCCGACAUUGUGUGCACCAGCGAGGUGUUGGAGCUAAUGAUGCGCGCUCCCUACGAGCACAAGGCGGGAUGGACACUGGCGGUCACCCGGUUUCGCAACACCACGUACAUUUGCCGCGUGGCCAGUACUCAGGCCGAAGACGCCUUUGAGGAGCAUAAUCUGAAGCGGAUCAUGCAGGAGGCGCGGCUAAGAAAGCUGCACCAGUACUGCCUGUCUGAAAAUGGACUCGUAAUGCCCGAUAAAAUUUUAUUAUGCGAGGAACACAAUCGCUUCAAUGGCGUCUUUUCCAUUUACAUGAACGGCCUGCGUGUUCUCUUCGAUUCCCCAGUGUUAGCCGAAAUGAAUCCUAACCAGUUCAAUGGACCCGGUCAUAUGUGGUCGGAGCUGCAGCUGCGCCAGGAUAAUAUGAACCGCCUGGAGUGGGCGGAGCACAACCGUACUGAAGCCCUUAAAUGGUGGUGCAAGUGCUUCCUGCUAAACAUCCAGAACUUCUUUGUAGCCUAUCAGAACGAAAAUGCCUAUGUGCAUACCAUACAGAAGACUUCCUUGAACGAAUUGUGGAAGGCUUGCGAAAACGAAUGGAGAACCAGUGUCUGCGCCAACUUCAUGGUGUGCCUGCUCGGUUGCAUCACCCAAAUCAUGGCCCAUAUAGACUGUUUCGGCACUGUGUAUCUCUUCGAUUUCGAUGCCAAGCUGGGCGAGGUAGCCUACGAGGUUUUCGAGGGACUAGACAACGAGCACUCAUUUCUGGGGGACUGGUUCCGCAUACAUCUGGACGAACGCCUCGAGGACAUGCCGGAGCCUAUGAAUCUGUACUAGGAGUACAUC